GAACCACUGCUAGUCUGCGACUGUUGGCGUUUGAUUGGUUCGACUAGAAUGCCUUUUUGGGGGGAAUAAAAUAAAUUGUGAUUGUUUUUAUAUAGCCAGGAUGGAUAUACUUAAAGCUGAGAUCGAGAGGAAGAGGAAACUCAUCGAGGAGAAACAACUUGUUGACGACUCCAAGAAGUUCUUCAAAAGGGCAGAUCUCACACGCAAGGAGCAGGAGGACUACUUCCGCAGAUGUGGCUAUAAGGUUCAGAGAGAAACUCCUGACAGUCAGAUUGACAAAAAAGAAGAUGAAGUUCCCACCUCAGCUAAUCCAGUGUUGGAGCUGGAACUAACCGAAGAAAAGCUACCCAUGACGCUGUCGCGGCAGGAGGUCAUCCGGCGGCUGAGGGAACGAGGCGAGCCAAUCCGUCUGUUCGGAGAGUCCGACUACGACGCCUUCCAGAGACUCCGCAAGAUUGAGAUUCUGACUCCAGAAGUAAACAAGGGUUUGAGGAAUGACCUGAAGGCGGCCAUGGACAAGAUUGACCAGCAAUACCUGAAUGAAAUAGUCGGCGUGACAGAGCCGGGAGAACUCGACACGCAGCUUGACCUCAAAGUGCACGAAGAAAACACCACUAUAGAAGAACUGGAGGCUCUUGGCAAAACUCUGGGCAAAGGAGACGACGACAGAGACCAGGAUGUUAUCGACAAGUUCCUGAGUUUCCUUCUCGGCGUGUGGGCCAAAGAUCUGAACAGUCGCGAGGAUCAUGUGAAACGCAGCGUUCAGGGGAAGCUGGCCAGUGCCACCCACUCGCAGACCGAGUCGUACCUCAAACCUCUCUUCAGGAAGCUCAGGAAGAAGAAUUUGCCGGCUGAUAUCAAAGAAUCCAUCACUGACAUCAUCAAAUUCAUGCUGGAGAGGGAAUAUGUUAAGGCAAAUGAUGCGUAUCUCCAGAUGGCCAUCGGAAACGCACCCUGGCCCAUCGGCGUGACCAUGGUGGGUAUCCACGCCCGUACGGGCCGAGAGAAGAUCUUCUCCAAGCACGUGGCCCACGUCCUCAACGAUGAAACCCAGAGGAAGUAUAUUCAGGGACUAAAGAGGCUGAUGACCAUCUGCCAAAAACACUUUACGACGGAUCCAUCGAAGUGUGUGGAGUACAACGCUCUUUAAUGUCAUGCUGCAAGUAAACAUUGGGAAUUUCCAAGCAGCUGGAUCAUGUCAAGACAACAGCUUGUUGCAGAAUUGACUCUGACGGAGAUUACACGAAGCCUUUUGUGCACGUUUAUCUUCAGACUCGUCACGACGCUCAUGGGUUUGCGCAACAUCUCAUUUUCAAUAGUAAAAAACAGCGAGUUGGUCUUUUGAGAGUAUGCAUGUAUAAUGAUGAAUCCUCUGCAGAUUUCUUUCUUCUUUCAGGAAACAUUUACUAUUAUGCAUUUACCGUGAGCCACGAUGCUGUGUAAAGUGGAAGAUCCUGUAGUGUAAGUUUUAUUACACCCACCAACCACUGCAGAAUCAGGUGUGUGUAUCUUUUGUUGAGUUUGGUGUUUCAAGCCAAUAAGGUCAGGAGAAUUUAGUAGGAAGUCAUAUAAAAUUGUAAACUUAAUGUAACGUACUCUAAAGUCAGUUUUUUUUUUUGUUAAAAUACUAUACUAAUUACUAUUUUUUGUAAUUUACAAGCUGUUUUUUUUUAAUUUGUGCGCCAUGUAUGUCACACUGAAUUACAUACACUAAUUAGUACAUUUUUCAUACAAAAUUCUACUGAAUGCUCAUGAGCUUGGGCUCUUAUCUGGUUUCUCUGUGACAUUUUUUUUCUGACAAAUUUCAUUUUCAAAGCAAUGUUUUUUUUUGUUUUUUUUUUUAAGAAAGUAUCUGAUAUAUUCUGCUAAUUAAUGCAUUUUUUGGUCCAAAAUCCUACUAAAUAAUGAUAUUGGGCUCUUAUCAGAUUGCUGGCAUUUUUCCCCCUUAUGAAUUUUAUUCUCAAAACAUUAAAGAAAUCCAGAUAUUUGUAAUAAAUUAUGCUAAUUAAUGUGUGUCUUUGUACACAAUCCUGCUAAAUUCUCAGAGAUUUGGCUCUUUUGUCUGAUUUCUCUGUUACAUCAUAUUGUUCUUACUAAAUAAAUGUGUACUGGUUGAGA